AUGAACUUAAUACAACCUCUCAAGAUUACUCAAACAGUAGAUAGUAUGGAAAAAGCAAACACUGAUCCUAACCUUUCUCAACAGUGGAACGAUCAAUGGAACGCUUCUCAAAAUUGUAUACAAUAUUCUGGGCUUAAGUAUGUCGAACCAUUCAUUUUGGCAGACCAGACUUGUGAGACAUAUUUGUCCCAAUUUGCACUUUGGAACUAUUUCAAGCCUCAACAGCAAUCACAGCCUCAACAAUUCCCAACACAACCAAUUUACUCUCAACAAUAUAAUAUUGAACAAUGGAAAAAUUGUUAUACAACUGAUACCGCUUUACAAUCCAAUACAUGUGACUCAUUCAACCGUUCUCAAGCACAAUCUGAUAAUGAUCAACAAGUAGAAUUGAAAUAUUGGGAAUGUGCUUGUUGUAAACACCAAAAAGUCCAAGCAUGUCCUCACAAAUACCCUGGUAUUCAAUUAAAUCAAGACAAUUACAACCGUGGAGCGAAAGAUCGAGCAAAAGAAAUAGUGUCUAUAUUUGAGAAAAUGUUAGGUACUUUAGGACAUGAUGUACAUGCAUGGCUUGAAUGUUAUCUUCAAACUGAUGAAGGUAUUAAAACAGUAAUCCAAGAAUUAGAGCAAAAUAUUAAAUACAGCCAUCGUUAUCAAAAACCGAAAGAAUAUCUAAUUGAAAAGAAAGAUGUAACUAUUGUGCAAUAUUGGCGAGAUAAUAACUUGAUUUCUGAUGUUACAUAUCAUAACUUACGAAAAGAAGUCAAUUUAAUGACAUUACUCCCGACAAGGAAAGAGAUGACAACAUCGAAACAAUCACUAAAUGAACAAGUUGAGAAAACUUUCAAAUUACGAUAUCCAAGUUCAAACUACAUUGGAUAUAUUAUAGACUUAGAUCAAGCCAUAUUUUAUAUUCUGAAGCUAUGUAUGUCAUUAGGGAAAAAAUUACCCAAGAAAAUAUUUUUUAAAAUUGGGGUAGAUGGUAGAGAAAUUAAUGGAGUUAAACAAGUUGCAGUUGCAUUGGUUCCACUCAAUUUAAGAGAUGUGUUUCCAUCGCAGGCUGUUUAUUCUGUGUUUUAUAUUGGGUUAUUUCAGAUGAAGGAAACAAAAGAAAGUAUCAAAGAAACAAUUGGAACGCUUCACGAUGAGAUUGAGCGUGUUUUGCAAAAACAAUAUUUUGGGAAGCAUCAAGUUUGCCUUUUUUAUGUUUCAGACAUGCAUAAUGUAGGCAUGACAUUCUCAUUUGAUUUAUGUCCCUAUUGUAUGGCUCAAACUAUUGUAGAUUUUGCAUCAACUCCACGCGACUCUCUUGACGGCCAGUUACCUUUUUCUCCGUCACAAACAAUACUAUGUGCUCUUCAUAUCAAACAGAGGCUAGUAGAAAAUGUUAUUGGUUAUAUGGCAUCAACAACUUACAAAUAUGAGAUUCAGAAAAAUAUACAAACAUUACAUGGAUUGGAAACAUUUAAUUGGAAAGAGUUCCACGAACGAAUAUCGAAUUAUGGAAUUUCUCAAACCUCAGCACGAUCAUCAACCAAGUCAUGUAUGCUGUCGGGAGAUCAUUGUAACACUAUUUUACAAAAUAUUGAGAAAGUUGUUGAUAAUAUUGAACCAAGCACCAAACAAAAAUAUUUACAAAUUCUGAAAUUGUUGCGAAAUAUUAUCAUUAUUAUUGAAAUGCAUCAAGAUAACGAAAAUAAUGACAAUGUAUUGACAGCAAAUAAGAUUGCGGAAUUGGACAAACUGAUAAUGCAAUUCUUAGUUGCGUGUUUUUCAAUAUGGACUCAAGGAAUUAAAGCUCAUUAUUUCCAUUUUAUAAUUCAUGUACCCUCAAUAAUGAGCUCUUUUCAAAGAAAAAUUAUCACUCUCGAUUUUGAGUAA